AUGCACGCGGUGCUGAAGAAGGACGCGCUGCGACGCUGGUGCCACGCUCAGGCGUGCUACUGCGCUUCUCGCUUGCUCGUACUCGCUGCCACGGCCUUAUCGCACCUCGUCAGACUCGAGUACCCGCUCCUCUCCUGCGAGGCCGUGGAGCAGACUCUGAGGAGCUGUUGCAGCCCUCAAACACCGUCACUCCCGCUCGAACUCCUCCCCCUUAUCCUCUCGAGCUUCUCCUCGGACGCCAUAGACGCCCGCGAAGUCUACGUCGAGCGCACGGCCUUCUACAGUAUGUGCGCACUCGUCCACCGGACAUGGACGCAGAUCGCUCGCCGACUUCGAGCCGAGGAGCUCUUCGUCUCGAGAACGUCGGACCCGCUCCUCCGUUUCGUGCUGCCCAAGCCUCCCGAUGUCUCUGCUCUCCGCAUUCUCGUCGUAGACUCGUCCUUCCCCGAGAACUCGAUCGUGGCACAAGAUCUCUACCCGUUGUUCGCGGUCUGUCAUAACCUCGUCUCGCUGUCCCUCAUCGACAUCCGCCACCUGGAGCUGGGCUCCCUUUCAUGCCUGACGGGCCUGGUCCGUUUGCACCUCCACAAAGUCGUCAUCCUCCCUCGCAGCGUGUCGACGCCCAGCGCAGAACCCGAGUUCUCCCUCCCCCGACUGACGCAUCUCUCCCUCUCCACCAUUGCAUUCGGCCGCUGGCUCCCUACCUUCAGCCAAGUCCUUGACCCCGAAGCACUCCCGUCCCUCGAGGCAGUCGAGCUCUGGGACUGCGAGCUGGGCUGGUCGUUCUUCCCGCCGGGCUCGCACACGAUCCGCACCUUUCCCAACAUUACCUCCCUCAGUUGCGACAUCUCCGCCUGGCCGCUCCUCCACCUCCAGCAGCUGGACCUUCCGAACCUCAACCUCCUCAACCUCUCACACCGCACGCUCGGCGACUUGAUCAACCCGGAAACCGUCGCGCGAUACCUCCCGAACGGCGGACGGCUGCCGUUCCCCAUCAAGCACCUCCGCAUCGAGUGGACAGACCCGGCGAUGCUCUCCCACCGCCUCGACAACCCGCUUCCCUACGACUUGGCGCUCAUCUCCGACUGCGCCUGUAUCAUCCAGAACUCGCGGCGCGAACCGCUCUUCAAGGGCCUCGAGAGCAUGACUAUCCCGCCUUUGACCGCCUCGUACGCUCGCACGCACUUCCGGCACUACUAUACGGAACUUGGGGUUCCGGUCGUGCAGUACAGUGAGGACGAGAUUGAGCGGAGUUCGAGGAGGGAGGCUAAUUCUGCGUGGUUCAGGAGCGGGUUCUGGAGGGAGGUCGAGAGGCGUUCGAGGGACUAG